AUGACGGUCCUGAUCCUGCUGCUGCUCUUAGGUGCAGUAGGCCCACUUUUCUUUAUCCUCUACAACAAUGCAAAGCCGGUCGAAACUCAACUGGGAUCCAGCAAUGUGCAAACUCGAUGGGCCCAACGGCUCAAUCUUUUAGUGGGUGCAUUGGGCAUCGUUCCUACGUUCAUGCGUGUCUAUGCUAUCGGUGUCACUGAUACGAUAACGACGACAUUAUGGCGACGUGGUGUCUCUGGAACUAUAUUGUACAAGGACGCGGUUGACCAGCUUACACAGUCAUGUGACAAGAAGGAUAGGGUUGCCUUGGUGACAGGUGGCGAUUCUGGCAUUGGAUUUGAGAUUGUGAAAGGACUCUUGAAGGUUGGAUAUCGUGUUAUCAUUGCUUCUCGAUCAAGGAAGAUGGCAGAAUUGGCCAAGAAGGAACUAGGUGCUGGUGAUGAUGCAUUAUCAUAUAUCUUGGUGGAUUUGGCAUCCUUCAAAAGCGUACAUGCCUUUGUCAACAAGGUACAAGAAAAGAUACCCAAAGGAUCGAUUGACAUUUUGAUCAAUAAUGCAGGCGUGAUGAAUGUACCAUGUCAUAUCACUGAAGAUAAUCUCGAGAGCCAAUUCCAAAUUAAUUGUUUAUCACCUCUAUUACUUACGCUGAUGUUGUUGCCAUGGAUUAACAAUAAGCGUGGUCGUAUCCUGUUUGCAUCCAGCUCUACUCUCUAUGGAUCGUCUCAAAUCGACAUUUCACUUGCUGGCAGGCGAUAUAUCGUGGAUGGAUUGACGAAUUAUUCACAAAGCAAGAGACUGGUUGCUUUAUUGACCCGGUGUCUUCAGGAUCAUCUUGACAAGUAUCAUGUGAACAUUAAAGCCUUCUGUUAUCAUCCUGGGGCCGUUCGAACCAAGCUCUUUGCACACACCACACUAUUCACAUUACCAUGGUUGAAAACCAUCUUCGAUUUCAUCAUGCUCACUCCCAGCGAAGGAAGUUUGACACCUUUAUACCUGUGCCUUGCUCCCAUGCAUGAUCUCGUCAAACAUGGUGGAAAAUACUUUUCGGAUACUGUACCACAGCCAAUCCCCCACGCUACUCCAUGCUCAGAGCCGGAUGAUGUGCAUAAAUCUCUUUGGGCACAGGCCUUGAAACUUUGUCAGCUAGGAGAGACCGAUGCAGCUACUUUAAUUAGUACAUGCCAAUCAUAA